AUGGCGCCUGAUGGCGUGAGGCAUACGGUAGUGACGCCUGAUGACCAUGGGCCCAUCAUCCAGAUCGUGGCCUGGUUUGCCAUGGUGGUAAUGAUUCUGGCGACCACGCUGAGGCUGUCUGUCCGAUACUUGACAUCUCACAUCCCGGGUAUAGACGAUGCGAUUGUUGUAGGCUCAAUGCUUGUCAAUAUCGCCGGCGUCAUAGCGAUAUCCCUUGCCGUCACUCAAGGCUUGGGGAAACGCGAGUCGAAACUGAGUGAACAGCAGGUAUCAAGGGCCGGACAGGAUGUGUUUGUCUCGUCCAUAAUGUAUAUUCUGGCCGUUUCUCUGGCAAAGAUCUCGACUCUCAGCUUUAUUGAGAGAGUGGUGCCGGCCAACAAGUACAGACGCGAGAUCAAGGGAUCCCUGGUCUUCUUGCUGGCGUGGAUGGUGAUAUCAAUCAUUGUGUAUGGCUGUCAAUGUGGUUCCUCCGCGCCUUGGAAGCCCCAUUCUGAAGCAAAAUGUUUCAAUAUAGUUGCGUUCUGGUCUGCUGCCACAGGUAUAGACGUACUAACUGACAUCUGCCUGAUCUUCGUCCCGGGAUGGAUCGUAUGGGACCUCCACAUGAAUAAAACACAGAAAAGAAUCGUCUUUGGCGUGUUUGCCAGUCGAGGAGUGGUCAUCGCCGCCUGUAUCCUUAGAGCAACAUAUCUCAAAGAUAUAGACGGCUCGGGGGAUCCAAUGUUCGACAGUGUUCCCUACCACGUCGCGACUCAGUGUCAUGCAAUGCUAAAUACCAUCAUAACCUGUCUUCCGGGCUUCAAGCCGUUCAUGGACCGGGCAAAUACUGGUUUGCUUAGCAUCUCCUUUAAAAGUCGCCUGGCCGGCGGAGUGUACGACAAGACGUUCACCGAAUAUGCUAUGACGAGCCUAAGAAGGGUCGUCCAUCCGCACGGAAUAGGGAACUCAGGAGCACGACCGCUCAAGAGUGUCAAGGGUUCGCUACAGAACAAGUUUGCCGGUGCACAGAGAUCAUUUCGGCCAGAUGAAUAUAGCCAGCAUGCCGAUGUUUUCUCUGAGAGCAGGAUACUCAACGACAGCCGAUCUCAGACUGAAGAGGAUAGAUCUGACAGGCUCAUCAUCCGAUAUACAACAGACUGGACUGUCCGGGUACAGGACGAAGGAGCACGGUCAAAUUCAGAUGCAACAAGCAGCCGGUAG